GAGAUAUGACGGAAAGCAAAGCAAAGAAGAUAGAGAUCAAAGAUGUUGAUGGACUAACCUUAAGCAAGCUAAUUGAUUAUAUCUACACAGCAGAGGUAGAGGUCACAGAAGAGAAUGUCCAGGUUUUACUGCCAGCUGCCAGCUUGUUACAGCUGAUGGAUGUUCGACAGAACUGUUGUGACUUUCUUCAGUCUCAGCUCCACCCCACAAAUUGCCUUGGAAUUCGCGCCUUUGCAGAUGUGCACACCUGCACAGAAUUAUUGCAACAGGCCAAUGCCUAUGCAGAGCAGCAUUUUCCUGAAGUGAUGCUUGGCGAAGAAUUUCUUAGCUUAAGCUUGGACCAAGUUUGCAGCUUGAUAUCAAGUGACAAGCUCACAGUGUCAUCAGAGGAAAAGGUCUUUGAAGCUGUCAUUUCGUGGAUAAAUUAUGACAAAGAAUCUCGCUUGGAACACAUGGCAAAGCUGAUGGAGCAUGUUCGCCUUCCUCUCUUGCCCAGAGAUUACCUUGUACAGACAGUUGAAGAAGAAGCUUUAAUCAAGAAUAAUAAUACAUGUAAAGACUUCCUCAUUGAAGCCAUGAAAUAUCACUUACUUCCUCUGGAUCAGAGACAGCUGAUAAAAAAUCCUAGAACCAAACCAAGGACACCAGUCAGUCUGCCAAAGAUAAUGAUUGUAGUGGGUGGGCAGGCACCAAAAGCCAUUCGAAGUGUAGAGUGUUAUGACUUUGAGGAGGAGCGAUGGGAUCAGAUUGCUGAACUUCCCUCUCGGAGAUGCAGAGCGGGGGUGGUAUUCAUGACAGGCAAAGUCUAUGCGGUGGGAGGUUUCAAUGGCUCUUUGCGAGUUCGGACGGUCGAUGUGUAUGAUGCAGUGAAAGAUCAGUGGACAUCUAUAGCUAGCAUGCAAGAAAGACGAAGCACUUUAGGAGCUGCUGUGCUCAAUGAGCUCCUGUACGCUGUUGGCGGAUUUGACGGAAGCACUGGUCUGGCAUCUGUGGAGGCUUAUAAUUACAAGAUCAAUGAAUGGUUUUUUGUGGCGCCUAUGAACACAAGAAGAAGCAGUGUUGGAGUUGGAGUUGUAGAGGGUAAACUGUACGCUGUUGGUGGAUACGAUGGAGCAUCACGUCAGUGCCUUAGUACUGUGGAGCAGUAUAAUCCAGCUACAAAUGAAUGGUCUUAUGUUUCCGAUAUGAGUACUCGGCGCAGUGGUGCAGGGGUUGGUGUUCUUAGCGGCCAGCUAUUUGCCACUGGAGGGCAUGAUGGUCCUUUGGUGAGGAAAAGCGUGGAAGUAUAUGAUCCUGGAACAAAUACAUGGAAACAAGUAGCAGAUAUGAAUAUGUGUAGAAGAAAUGCAGGUGUGUGUGCAGUGAAUGGACUUCUUUAUGUGGUUGGGGGAGAUGAUGGCUCUUGCAAUUUGGCCUCUGUAGAAUAUUAUAAUCCUGUCACUGACAAAUGGACACUAUUACCAAACAACAUGAGCACUGGAAGAAGUUAUGCAGGUGUAGCUGUGAUCCAUAAACCAUUGUGA